UUGACUUUUGGUUUGACUUUCGGUUGGAACUUGGAACUUGGGAGUGGGUGUUCUCAUUUUCUUUCCUUUGUUGCUAAUUUGUUACCUUUUUAAUUAAUUUAUAUAGUUGUGAUUAAUUCAAAGACGUUCCUACACCUUUUCCAGUUAAUCGGGAAGUUAUUGUGCGUGUAAUUAUUAACAAAAAAUGUCAUCAAUCGCCCCCGCAGAAGAAAUCGACGAGGCAAAGGAACGCGAACAUUUCAGAGCCGUAGUAAACGCUUUUAAAUAUUAUAAAUUAUGCAGUCUCGACAGAAUACACAAAUCCGAGAACAUAAUCUCAAUGUUACCAGCCAGCCAUCAUAAACGUCUAGAAAAAUACCGAACCUACCUCACAAAGUUCAAGCGAUGUCUGGACGCAAACAAUAGUAUAGUCCACCUCAUAAUAAAGGAUGUGGAUACGAUGUUUGAGAAUGUGGACCAUAGUGGUGCCACGACCAGUAAUGGUACGGAGAGCUUCGGGUGUAACUACAGCAACUGUGAGAUACCCAAGCAGCAACAGCAUAAGAUGCAGCAUGACGUUGAAAAGGUAAGUGCAACCUCAGAGUUCAAGCAAUGUCUGGAUGCAAACAAUAGUAUAGUCCACCUCAUAAUAAAGGAUGUGGAUACGAUGUUUGAGAAUGUGGACCAUAGUGGUGCCACAACCAGUAAUGGCACGGAGAGCUUCGGGUGUAACUACAGCAACUGUGAGAUACCCAAGCAGCAACAGCAUAAGAUGCAGCAUGACGUUGAAAAGGUGCAAUCCGUGCUCAAGAACAUAGUCAGGGAUUGGAGUGAAGCGGGCGCGGCGGAAAGGGAGCAGUGCUACAAGCCUAUACUAGACGAACUGGACUAUAGGUAUCCGGCCGAAGAGUUCAGUGAUCGUUCUCACAUCAAAGUGCUCGUCCCCGGCGCGGGUUUGGGCCGGCUCGCGUGGGAGGUCGCCGCUAAAGGCUACUGUUGUCAAGGCAACGAGUUUUCCCUCUUCAUGCUGUUCGCUAGCAACUUUAUACUCAACAAGUGCCCAGAGGCAAACAAACACACAGUAUAUCCCUGGGUGCACCAGUACGUGAACCAUCUGACGAGCGAGCAUCAGAUCCAAGCGGCGACGUUCCCGGACGUGCCGCCGACGACAAGAUUGUCGCACUUCUCCAUCGCUGCCGGCGAUUUUCUCAAGGUAUACACAGAGAUGGACGAAUGGCAUUGCGUAGCGACGUGCUUUUUCAUCGACUGCGCACCAAAUGUCAUUGAAUUUAUAGAGAGGAUAUACGCUAUACUAAGGCCGGGGGGUUACUGGAUUAAUUUGGGACCCCUUUUGUAUCAUUAUAGUGAUAUGCCUACCGAGAGCAGUAUUGAGCCACCGUAUGAUAUAUUAUUAGAAAUAAUCAAAGACGUCGGUUUUGAGAUUUUGAAAGAAAAAACCGGCGUGAAGACGAAAUACGCGCAGAACCCUAACUCUAUGAUGCAGCAUGAGUACAAUUCAGUAUUUUUCGUCUGUAGGAAGCCUGAUCUAGUUAAUUUUUAAUUUACCCACUUUUAUUUAGUCUUGGUUAUUAUUAUUAUUAAAAA